CAUUGACUAAAACAGUACAGUAGAGUGCACGGAAACUAGUAUUUUGUAAUCAGCUCGUAGUUUUUAUAUUUGUUUUCAAAAUAAAUAAUAUUAUUGUAUGUAGAACCUUGAUAAAAUCAAUCAAACGUAUUGAAGAGAAUUUAUUGUUGUAUUUAAUUUGUCAAAGAUUGGUCGGAAUUUGAAAAUUAACAAUUGGCAGUAGGAUACUUCGCGCACGCAUCGGUUGUAUACGGAAUUCCAUUGAACUUUUGUUGUUCGUUUAACCAAAGAGCAGUUGGUUUUUUGGUGAUUUAGACUUCGACUUGUUUUUUAUUUUUUUAUUUUUGAUAAAUUGUACAGCAUAUAAAUGAAUAAAAUGAAAAUUGACUUUGAAAUUCCUAUUGACAUUAAAAAUGAUUUGAUCUAUUGUCAACGAGCUUUGGCCAACCAUAUUCUAAUUCAUCAGAAACUGGUAUCAAUGAUGAAAACUGCGGAUGUUCGAUUGGGAGCAUCGUUAAAAUCAUUACAAAAAGAUAUUUUGGACAUUGGAGAUGAACAGAGACUGUUAUUUAAUCGUUUGCGAUUUUUUAUCGACUAUCAUCAAAUCACGAAAGGUGCCAGCAUAGCUGAACGUGAAAAAUUGACAAAUCAAGUACGUGAAGAUUUGGCAAAUCAUAGCCGUGCGAAUCCGGGUGACAUACGGCCGAUGAAUGUACAAAUUCGACCAAACGAAGAUGCUCUCUAUGGCAAAUACUUUCAAUCGACAACAUCUCCGGAGGAUGGCUAUUCAAGUGGAAAUUCGGCAUCAAAUGAUGUUAAAAUCGAACCGAUUUCCAGUAGUUCAGAUGACGAGAAAAUUGAAAUCCUUGCGUUAUCCAACGAUGUUCGCGUUGAUCAAAAAGUUUAUUCGGGCCCAAAGCAAAAGGCAACCAAAGCACCAGCGGCAGGUCAAACUUUACUCAAACCAAUACAUCAGCGUCUGAUUGCGGAGGCUGAUGCAGAGAAUCCAAUUUGUGUGGUGAGACCUGAAGUUGGAUUAAAAAAAACAGUGCCACCACAAGACCAACCGCUUAGCAUAAGUCUUGGCCGCCUCCGAUUGGCACAAGCACUGUCCGCACAAUUGAACACAGCACAACCAGCACAAAAAAUUGAAUCACCCAAAACGGUUUCACCACAGACAACACCGAAAGAAAACUGUAAUACACGAUUGUCAUCGUUGUCAUCGUCACGUUCAUCAAAUGGAUCUUCAGUCGAAAUAGAACCGAUGAAAGACGAAGAAGAUGCACAGGAACUUAGCCAAGAGGGAUUUUUACGACUAUUUGGUUUGUAUACACCCGCCUAUACACAAUAUUUGAUGAAUCGUAGACCAUCGCGAAAAACACGACAGUGUAAAAGCACCGAACGUGGUGAUUAUUUAUACGGCAAAUACGAACUAUUUGAAAAACAGUUUGCCAACAAACGGCAGAGGCAAUUUUUAUAUUCACCGCCCGCAACAAGAGCCAAACGCCGUGUUGGCAGCAAUGGAACAACGAAAAAUACAGCAAAAGAACCGUGCUGCAUACCAAAACGGAACAGAGGCAUCAAAUCGAAUGCAUCGUCGAGUUCAUCGAUUUCAUCGAAUGGAUCCAACAACAGUUCGGAGAAAGUUUGCUUGACUUGUUACAAGCGAAAUAAUCUCCUUCAAUGCCAAAAAUGUUGCGGCCAGUAUCAUGCAGCCUGCCAUAAUAUGAACACAGAAAUUGUAAUACGUCGCACAUUUUGCCCGUUUUGUGUACGACAGAAAGGACGUCACAAAAACUUUUAAUGGACAUCUACUUACAUUUACACGCUUAUUUACACUUUAUUUUCUAUUGACAUGCAAAUUAAAGAACAAACACUUGUUAUUCCCUUCAAAUGGCCAUCUUUUGUGGCUCUGGACAAUUUACAUUAAAUCCUUGUCGGAAAUGCCUUCAAAUAGUCAUAAAAGUCAGAGAGAACGAUCGAUAAAAAUAAAUAAAAGCAAAUGGUUAAUGAAUUAUUUGCCGGAUCUUCAGCACUAAGUAUAUUCUAUCUAGUUUUAUGGAAUCAAAGCAGUUAUAAGGAUGAAUUUUG